AUGACUGGUCCUCCAUUACCGUUGAUAGAGGAUUACCUACGGGAAGCGGGUUUUUGGCACGUGGCGAUGAUAAGUCGAGGGUGCAAGUUGGACCCGAAACUUAUUAGUGCGUUGAUAGAAAGGUGGAGACUCGAGACGCACACAUUUUAUCUUCCAUGUGGAGAGUGCACUAUCACUUUGGAAGACGUGCAUUUGCAAUUAGGAUUGCUGGUGGACGGGGACGCAGUCACUGGUUCCGUUCAUUCUGCUGAUUGGGGAGCGGUAUGCUACGAGCUUUUGGGUGCUAUUCCGGAUAAUAUUAACGGAGGUCGGAUCGAGAUGGGCUGGUUACGAGACACAUUUCCAGAGCCGGAUGAUAAUUCUAUCGAACUAGAAAAAAUUCAAUAUGCUCGAGCAUACAUUCUUCAGAUAAUUGGAGGUUAUAUGAUGCCGGACUUGUCACGAAACCUUGUACAUCUGAGAUGGCUGCUGAAACUUGUUGAUUUUAGAGCAGCUGGUGAAUUUAUUUGGGGGUCUACCGUGUUGGCAACACUGUACCGGGAGAUGUGCAGGGCUACGCGAUGGAAUAAAGCGAAAAUUGGAGGUUGCCUAUCACUACUGCAAUCAUGGGCACGGUGGAACCAUUCGGCAAGUUAUGCUCGAUUACUUACCUGUCUUGAAGAUAUAUGGCUUCUAUUAGAGCAACGGUCGGAAGCACAAUUUCAAUGGAUACCAUACGAGGAUCCGACAAUUCGGGUAGUAAUUCCGGAUGAAUACUUGCAAAAUCCGAAUGCUUUGCACGUGAAGGUCCCAUUGGUCAACUUUGCUAUUGUGGAGAUGCACCAAUCAGACAGAGUAUUACGGCAAUUUGGAUUCCAACAACCGAUUCCUGUGGCACCUGAGGUGUUGGAUGAUCAUCACGAAAUCGACUUACGCCAAUUGCAUACGGAUUGGCCGAGAUUCUAG